AUGAUGGAGGAGUUCUCAAUGACAGACCUCGGAAAUAUGAGAUAUUUCUUGGGCGUAGAAGUGAAGCAAGAUGAGCAAGGAAUAUUCAUUCACCAGAAAAAGUAUGCAAUGGAGAUUCUAAAGAGUUUUGGGAUGCAAGACUGCAACUCUGUCAAGAAUCCAACUGUUCCAGGCUGUAAACUGACAAAGGAAGGAGCUGGAUCAGCUGUGGAUUCAACCACUUUCAAGAAAAUUGUCGGUAGUCUAAGCUACUUGACUCCAACCAGACCUGAUUUGAUUUAUUCAGUCAACUUAGAGAGCAGAUACAUGGAGAGUCCAAAUGAACAACAUAUGUUGGCUGCUAAGAUAAUAAUGAGGUACAUCCAAGGUACCACAAGUCACGGUAUUCAGUACUUGCGACAGUAUGGUGAGGAGGAGUUAGUCGGGUAUGUGGAUAGUGACUAUGCAGGAGAUGAAGACGAUAGGAAAAGCACUUCGGGCUAUACAUUUAUGUAUGGAAAUGGAGCUGUGUCAUGGUCGUCAACCUAUCAAAUCGGUUAUCAUCAAGAAGGAGUAACUGUUCUGUUCUGUGACAACAGUUCGACAAUUAAGCUCUCCAAGAAUCCAGUUCUUCAUGGUAGAAGCAAACAUAUUCACGUAAGGUACCAUUUUCUUCGUGAACUUGUGAAUGAGGAGGUCAUUAGGCUGGAGUAUUGUCACACACAAGAGCAGUUGUCUGAUAUUAUGACAAAACCGGUGAAGCUUGAAGUAUUUGAGAAGCUUAGAAGUGAGAUGGGAGUUGGGGUAGAUAAGUUUGUCGAAUAUUAUUUCGAGCUCUUGCAAAUCAAGGAUCGAGUCUAUCUUCUCCAUAGACUCUACGAAGAGAACAGCCUCAUUACAAGACCUGGAACAGACGGAAUGGAAAGUUUUACUAUUAAGGACUACGAUAACAGACUCAAUAUGUUAUCCUAUGGGGGUUUUGAGUCCGCGGUGAUUUUGAACAUUGAUCCUGGCAAAUCCAUACAUGGAAAGAGGGAAGUCACUGUGCACGGCUCCUUCACAUCAAAGGAUAAGGAUCGAUCUAAGCGACAGUUCACACAAAUCUUCUUCCUGUCUCCCGAAGAUAAUGAAUACAAGGUGGUUUCAGACAAAUUCUAUUUUGACGAUAGAAUAAAAAACAUACAUUCUGCAAAUAGUGAGAAGAUAAUGUCCAUCGAUUUGACUCCAUACUUAAACGAUGUAAGUUCAGCGGAUAGAGGAAGAAGUACUAAAGCAAUGGAUUAUCUCAAGCAACUGCGAGAAAAGAGCUUCCAUGACUUUUUACUGAACCUGACCUCUCAGAUUUCGAAGAAAGUUAAUGCUGAAACGCUCAAAGUCGCUGGUGAUAUGCUAAAGGAGUCUCUCGACACAAAGGAUUCUGCAGGGGAAGUUCAUCGUUGGUUAGUAAUUGAUGGUAUUCAUAAAGAUCAGAUCAAAGAACAGUUGGUGGUAAAUCUGGGUUCCUCUAUGGUAGAGGUGAGACAAAUGUCAGCUCAGAUAAUUGUUAAGAUAGCGACAAUUGAAAUUCCUAAGAAGCAGCAGUGGUGUGGAGACUCUGGGAUUUUUGAAAGUAUGAAGUCUCAGUCCAAUGCACGUUUGAAGCAGUCAAUAGUGGUGGAAACAUUGGGCUAUGUCUGUGAACAGAUAUCCCAUCAUGAUCUUGAGCAAAAGGAGGUUAGUGACUUCCUUAGAGAAUUGUUGGAUAUCAUAGAUAGGGAAGAUGGGAAUACAGAGCUUCGUCUUGCAGCAACAAAGGCAUUGGAUUCUGUACUUCUUUACCAGAAAUCCUUUGAAGAUGUAGACAUAGCAAAAUGGGUGCUUGAUAUUUUGUUCAAGAAAACCAAUUCAAAGGAGGCAGAUAUCAAGAACUCUGUGAUCAAAUGCCUUGGUUCAAUUGCUUCCAAAAACUACCAAUAUCUUGUCGAGCAGAAAUUCAUGGACAAAUUCAUGGACAGGCUUGUUGCUGUAACAUCUGAUCUUGAUGGGAGAGAUGGUGAGAGCGCUGCCGUGCAUGCAAUUAAGGUCUGGUGUUCUAUCUGUGAGGGAAAGAUAGCUCAACAGUGUGUCAAAGUUGGUGACACUAACGGUUCCAUAGAGAAGGCUCUUCACGAUUUGGUUCCCAAGUUGCUAGCCAGCCUAACGAUGCAGGACAAAAAACCGGACAUAUUUGAGGCUGGAAGGACAUGCCUUGGCCUCGUUGCCAGAACGCUUGGAGAUGAUAUUGUCCCUCAUGUGAGCGCAUUUUUUGAAGAAAACGUAAUGACUACGGACUGUGAUGGCAAGAAAGCGGCUAUUUAUGCUUUUGGAUCAAUUUUUGAGGGCCCAACAGCCGACAAGCUCUCCGAGAUUGUUGCUGCCGACUUAAAAAUUAUCCUCGCCGCAACCAAGGACGAGAAUAAGCACGUCAGAGACGCAACGGUUUGGACUCUUAAACGUCUCUUGAAGUUUUUUCACUCCCAAAACAAUCAGUUCUCAUCUAUAUCACCGGAAGACAUGCUUCAAAUCGGGAGAGCAAUAUUGAAUGCAACUGUAGAUGAACCAAAUGUUCCAGAUAAGAUCUGCCGAGCUCUCUCCCCCUUCCUUGAGGCCAUAGUCACAAAUACGUUUCAUCAGGAAGAACACCUCUCUGUUUUACCAGAGAAAGAACACCUCUCCGUUUUACAGGAGAAAGAACAGCUCUCUGUUUUACAGAAGAGAGCUCUCCGAGAAUUGACGCAUCAACUGCGAACCUUUCUGCAAGCUAGUCCUGAAUGUGAAAAAACAAUUUGGGGGAUCCCAUUGCUUGAACAAGAGGGAAGUGAAAUUGUGUUGAUGAAAUUCCUAAGAGCCAAGAACUUCAAGGUCCAGGAGACGUUGAACAUGCUCAAGGAAACGAUGGAGUGGAGAAAGACUUCAGAUAUCGACACUAAGGUGCACUCUUCUCUGGAUCAUCUAAACUCCAAGUUCAUGCACGGAGUUGACGUCUCAGGACACCCAGUUUUGUACGAGAAAGUAUUUUGUGACUUCAGUAUAGAUAUACUCUCUGAUGAGACGGCUCUGGGGAAUUUUGUGACUAAUUUCGUGACCAGCAGGACAAUGGUCAUGGAGAAAACUAUACGGGAACAAUAUUCGCUCUCGGGUGUCGUUUCUCCCAUUCUUCACGUCAUCGACCUGCAUAAUCAUCUGGGACUUUCUGGUACACAGCGUGAUACGAUCUCCAGACUAACCAAACCGGGACUCAAGUUGCUUCAAAACCACUAUUCUGACUUCGCCUUCAAACAGAUUUUCAUCAACACCACUAUGAAGGAAUACAUCUACUUCAAACUGAUGUCUUUAAGACUCGCAUCAAGCUCCAUGAGUAGAGAGAUUGUGUUGGCUCGUAAAUCGAAAUCAUUUAAAACUCUGACAAAGUACAUCAAACCGAACCAAAUUCCCACCCAGUUUGGAGGAUUGAGUAACAAACCCGAAGACUUCUCUGUUAACGAUAUAUCUUCUUCAAUAAGUAUCAAUCCCGGACGAAGAAAGACACUUGAGAUUGAAUGCCCUGUGGUAUGUGAGAUCAAUCUCACUUUCAGGUCUGUGGGAAGUUGCUUGACUUACACGUCAGCAUUUUUCCCAGGGACUUUUAGUACAACAGAAGAAGGCAAGUCGACUUUUACACAAGCUAGUGAUGAGAAUGUGUUCACGGAAAUUCCAGUGGAGAGGAAAACAGUAGACUCAUCAACUCUGUUCAGUUGCACAUUCACUGCACAUUCACGGUGA